AUGUCUUCGGAUAAAAAGGAGAAAAGGUCCAAGCGGGACAAGAGCGAUCACAAGUCCAAGAAGCGCAAUCGCGACCUCGAGGCGCAACCCGAAGAGGAACACAGACACAAGCGAUCCAAGAGCGAAGCGCCAGGCGCAGACGACCAAGAAACGCCGGCAAAAGCCAACGUCGAGCAGACAGCCACCGAGGAUGCCCCCGUACAAAGCGGCAAGGCUCGUAGGAGCGAAAAGAGAAAGAAGAAGCGACAAUCGCAGGGUGCAGAGGACGGCGAAACGGCGGCCGGCGACGUUUCCAUGACGGAUGCAAUGGAUCAGGACAAUGUCCCGGCAGCCGAUGCUGUUCAAGACGAGAAAAAGCACAAGAAGGAGAAGCGCCGCAAGAACAAGGAGGCAGAAGCUACGGAAGAGACACAGGACGCCACGAACAGCACCUCUCACCAACCCUUUGGCAAACUCCCUGAGCAACCAUACCCAUUCUUUACGCAAAAGGUGUCACAGUAUUUGCCGCUUUAUCCUCUUGGUAUGAUUGAGCCAGUAGAGGGGUAUGCAGAGCAACAUCUCAAACCCUUGAUGAAUCACUACGUCCCAACAUUCCAAGGUGUGCUUUUGGGCUAUCAUGAUGUGCAGGUGGGAGAAGCUCCCGGAAAGGGCUCUCUCACAGAGGAUAGCGACGAUACCCAAGAAGCUCUAUUAGAGUCGAUAGACGAAUAUGCCGUGAGCUUUGGCUGGUUGACGGCAAAGCUCGACCUUUUUAAACCGACCCGAGGUGCUUGGAUGGAGGGCACCGUCAACAUGCAGACCGAAGGACACUUGGGCGUUGUCUGCUGGAACAUGUUUAACGCUUCAAUCGAGGCUGGUCGUCUGCCCAAGGGUUGGCGAUGGGUUAGUCUACUCGACGGCAAGCAGGGAUCUGAAGAGUUUACGCCAGAGGACGAGGACGGGCAGCUGCACACGACCGGGUACUGGGUAGACAAGGAGGGCCAACGAGUACGAGACAAGAUUCGAUUUCAAAUCAAGAAUUUUGAAGUUGGUGUAAGCGGCGAUUAUGGAUAUCUCAGCAUCGAAGGCACAAUGCUUGACCCCGAAGCAGAACAACAAAAGGUUGCCGACGAACUCGAGAAGCUGCGCCGGUGGAAACUCAAGAAUGGCGCAUCGCGAAAGGAACACAAGAAAUUGCCAGAUUUUAGUAUGACCAAGUUUGGUAUGGACGAAGAGCAGGAAGACGAGACACAGCGAGCAGAGGUUUGGAAGGGCAGUCGGCCGGCAAGCGAGACUGCCGAGUAA